CAGAAUACCACACCGUACCAAUUUGCUCUCAAUUUCUCUAAUUCCUCUUCCCUCCAUUCCUUUCUUUACCAAGAAAAAACCAACCCGUUUCUUCUUUUGUUCAGGUAGCCAAAAACAAAGAUGACCAAGAUUGACGCCCUCCGUCGAUUCCUCCUCCCUUGUUUCUCUCCUCCCACUACCAGCACCACAACCACCACCAAGAAACGCCUUAGCACCUCCCUUCGCGAUGAUGAUGAUCUUGAUGAUCCCAUCGCCACCAAUCAAGAACCUCAAAACCAAGAAGACCAAGAAUCCAGCUCCCAACAAUCGACACCCAGCCCCAUAAUCACACUAGCCCCCCCACGCCCUUCAAAAACAAUGGUGAUCGGUACCAUUUUCGGCAACCGCAGAGGCCACGUUUGGUUCUGCAUCCAACAUGACCAUCUCUCCACUAUACCUCUUCUCCUUCUUGAACUCUCAAUCCCCACCCACCAACUCGUCAAAGAAAUGCAAUGUGGGCUGGUCCGCCUCGCUCUUGAGUGCAAUUGAUCUGAGUUGAACUCUGUCCCACUACGAGCAGUCCCAGUCUGGAAAGUGAAUUGCAAUGGGAAGAAAGCAGGUUUUGCUUUAAGGAGAAAGGCAAGUUAGCAGAUUCGUUUGAUGUUGAAGACAGUGCAGUCAAUGACGGUUGGUGCGGGUGUUAUUCCGGCCAGGUUGGGGUCAUCUUCGGAUUCGGAGGAGAUCAUGUAUAUGAGGGCUAAUUAUGAGCAUAUGGUUGGUAGAGCUGAUCCAGAAUCGUUUCAUUUGAUUAACCCAGGUGACUGUCCUGGUCAAGAAAUAAGUGUGUUCUUGAUGAGGUCUUGAUAAUCUUGGGCCUAGGUAAUUUAUGUGCCUUGAUAAAUUGUACUUGUAAAUCUUGACAUUUAGAAUGCCUUUUUUUCUUUCUUUAUGAGGAAGAGCGGCAUGAAAGAAAGCAUGGCGUUUUCUUGAUUGAGGGAUUCUUUAUCAAGAAUUUUGAGGAUUAGGAAGGGGAUCUUGAUAAAAGAGAUGGCUAAUUACAUUUAAUAGUUGUAAUAUAGAGGGCUAGAUUAUAUUGAGGUUGUUCCAUGCCUGGGGAUUAUUCAAAUUGUUCAUUGAUCAGGUUCUUAGGGCUAACUCUGAUCGAUAUAAGGAUCAUUAAGACACUGAUUUGUGUACCAUUUCACUUUUCAAGAGUGUUCUAAAUUGAAUCCAAGUUUUGUAUC